ACCGGACCGACUAUCACAUCGGACAUCGACGAUGUUUGUUUGACAGUCAGCUGCAAUGUUUCAGAGAGAAUAAUUAUGGUUUUGGUCAGAAACUGUAAUUAAAACGUCUUUUUAACUUAUAUUACUCUUUAAUUUGACAUGUUUUGAUCAACGUGUCGCGUUGCGGUCGCCUUAGUAAACAACUAAAGUUCAGUUUAACGUGAGCACUAGUUUGUACUGCUACAUGAACCAGAGCUAAACGUAUUAACAGAUUAUGGUGGAAAACUCUCCCUCUCCCCUGCCUGAGAGGGCCAUUUAUGGGUUUGUUCUUUUCCUUGGCUCACAGUUUGGCUUCAUUCUGUAUUGUUUGUGGGCAUUUAUACCAGAGGAGUGGCUUCAUUCAAUAGGACUCACUUACUGGCCUCAAAAAUAUUGGGCCCUCGCUGUGCCGAUCUAUCUGCUUGUUGCAAUAACGAUCACGGCGGUGUUGCUGUUCGGAGUUAACAUGAACAACACGGCUCCACUCGACUCCGUGGACAACAUCACAGAUGUGUAUGCUCAAGGCCAAAGGACAAAAGACUGUCAGAAGGGAGGAAUACCCCAACUGGGAGAUGUUUCCAUUAGCGAAGUCAACAGAAUGUUCUAUUUGUCACCCCAGCAAUGACAAGCAGAAAUUGAUUUUAGCUGGAGGUAUAGUAGACGUGAAGCUGCUGCUAUGCUUUAUGUAUUCAAGAGAAAUUCAACAUGGGCAGAAAGAUUUAUUUAACUUAAUUUACAUUUUCUUUAUUGGACAAAAUAAUUGCCUGUGUGCAUAUUAAUAGCAAUGAUAUGUUGAAUGUGAUGUAAAACAAUAUCACAAACAACCUAUUGUCAGUUCAACUUGUUCAUUGGAUUAAAAAGGGAGCAUAUUAUUAUAUUCAAUAAAUGACGUACUUUUUAUAUA